AUGCCGCUUCCCGAGCAGCGAUCGCUGCCACUGACCAGCGUCGAUCGCGCGCUGCUUCCACCAAAGAGACACCAGCGACGCGGACGCUUGCCGCUCUUGUACCUUCUUCUGCUUCUCCUCAGUAGCAUGACGACGUGCAUGGUCGUUUCGAUCAUGCAGCGCAUGUCGCUCGAGGCCACACUGCUCCGCGUCGUCCAGGACCUCCGUCACGCCACCUUGCUACAUGGCGAGAACGGUCUCGUGCACGCGGCCAUCCAGCGGCCUCGCGUGUCGUCGGCGAUGCUUGACAGCGAGUGCAAGGUGCUUGGCACGCUCUACUUGCACCUCGUCGACCGACAGAGCCACCUCCUCAUGGAGAUUCUUCGCGGCGCGCACGUGGUCGUCGCCGACGAUCGCGGCUACUACUACGAUUUGCUCCAAAACGUCUCGGGCCAAGCGUACGCGCGCAUCUCGUCGCAUUACUCGGCCGCGCCGCAGUACGCUGUGCCGCAAGGCCCGCUGCUCGACACGAUCUUGGUCGGUACGACCGCACGGAACGACUCGUGGUUUCAGUUUGAAGGGGCGUCGUGGGACCCGUUCGCAAAGCCGGUUGACAGCGCACUGCACGUGCUGCACUAUCUCGAGUACUCGCUUCGUGGGGUGCAGGUCGGGCCACUGGGCACCUCUGCCUUCACUGACAAGACGCCACUGCGCAUCGCGUUCGCACCCAUUCCGCCCCGGUUCAUGUUUGUACAUUGA